GUCCCCCGGGACUAGGGCCGCGCUGCGCCCGCCGCCCGCGCGCACCCAGCGUUGGACGGGCGGCCGGUUUUCCGCUCGGGGCUUCCUGCUCCUGGGAGUCAGGCUUCUUGGAUCGCUUUUGCGCGCUCUCUCUGUCUCUCUCCCACCCCAUCCCUCUCCAAAGGAAACAGCCUUCACUCAAGUUUAUCGUCGAUGUUGUAACUAAAUCGUGGGUUCCCGGGAGUGAGUGCUGGGCCUGCAGUCGGGGCGGUGAGAGAAGAGGGUCGGGGAGAGCUGGGCCCAGACUUGGUCCGCUGUGCCCGCCGCCGCCCCCGCCAUGGUCUCCGCAGGCUGAGCCAGCGCUCGUGUGCACACCCGAGCCGCCCGCGGCCCGGCCCGGGCCCCCCAGCCGGGCCCCGCCAUCUUCGCCCCAGAGCCCCUCUCGUUUCACUCGCAAUGGACCCCGCCACGCGCCGCUCCGCAUUUUCUCGCCGAGUGAAUGUCGCGCACGUCGGGAAGAGCCGUGGACAGGAAGUGCGUGACUCGGCCCCGCAGGUCGCCCGGGUCCAGGACACCGGGACGCACGCCCAGCCCCACUCUCCACUCCUAGCCAAGCUCUGGGCUCUGCCUCGGUGGUCGACGCCCUCCCCCAACACACCCAGGCUCGGGGCCGGGGCGGGUGGGCUGAGGCUGGCGACACUAGGACCGGAGGCUGGCGGGCACGAGCAGCGCGGGCUGGCGGCAGGGGCAGGGACGCAUGGAAUACCUCGUGAAAUGGAAGGGCUGGUCGCAGAAGUACAGCACAUGGGAGCCGGAAGAAAACAUCCUGGAUGCUCGCCUGCUCGCAGCCUUUGAGGAAAGGGAACGAGAGAUGGAGCUCUAUGGCCCCAAAAAGCGAGGACCCAAACCCAAAACCUUCCUCCUCAAGGAGGGAAUCCCCAGACAGGCCGUGGACCAGGCCCAGGCCAAGGCAAAGGCCAAGACUUACGAGUUCCGAAGAGACUCUGCGCGGGGCCUCCGGAUCCCUUACCCCGGCCGCUCACCCCAGGACCUGGCUUCUACUUCCCGUGCCCGGGAGGGCCUUCGGAACAUGGGCCUGUCCCCGCCCGGGAGCAGCAGCAGCACCAGCAGUACCUGCCGCGUGGAGCCCCCUCGGGACCGUGACAGGGACCACAGGGACCGGGAUCGAGAGAGGGAGAGGGAACGUGAGAGGGAUCGUGAGCGUGAUCGGGGCGCCAGCCGCGUGGAUGACAAGCCCAGCUCGCCAGGGGACAGCUCCAAGAAGAGAGGCCCCAAGCCCCGGAAGGAGCUGCUGGACCCCGCGCAGAGGCCCUUGGGAGAAGCCAGCGAUGGCCUGGGAGAUUACCUCAAGAACAGGAAGCUGGAGGAUGCCUCCUCCGGGGCAGGAAAGUUCCCUGCCGGCCACAGCGUGAUCCAGCUGGCCCGGAGGCAGGACUCCGACCUGGCCCAGUGCGGGGUGGCCAGCCCCGGCCCUGCCGAGGCCACAGGCAAACUGGCCAUGGACACCUUUCCCGCCAGGGUCAUAAAGCACAGGGCCGCUUUCCUGGAGGCCAAAGGCCAGAGUGCCCUGGACCCUGGUGGCCCCCGGGUCCGGCAUGCCUCAGGCACCCCCGGCUCUGUGGGAGGCUUGUAUCGGGACAUGGGGGCUCAGGGGGGCAGGCCCUCUCUCAUCGCCAGGAUCCCAGUGGCCAGAAUUCUGGGGGACCCCGAGGAAGAGUCCUGGAGUCCUUCUCUGACCAACCUGGAGAAGGUGGUUGUCACCGACGUGACCUCAAACUUUUUGACCGUCACCAUUAAGGAAAGUAACACGGACCAAGGCUUUUUUAAAGAGAAAAGAUGAAUUGCUGGGUGGGUGACCCCAGGAUAAGAGAGCAGGAGAGAGAGUGAGAGCGCAAACUUGGCAUAAAUGAUGCUUUUUAUUUCUGGGUGGGAGGCAGCCUUCGGGCUCCCCCCCCCCAACUUCACACAGCCCACCCCUUCAUUCCUCCUUCCUCCCUAUCAGUUUUGGUUGGAAGAUUAUUUCUAGAGUUAUAUUUUCUAUUAGAUGUAAAUAUGUUAUUUAAGAAAAAAAUAUCUAAAUAUAUAUAUUUCAACUCUCGAA